UAGCCUGGUGUUCAGUGGUGUCUGUGCAACCUCAGUGCCCAUCACGAUCAAAAUACUGAGACAUCGCAGCUGACUGCUUGCGCUUUAUAACAUGAACCGAAAAAGAAACCACUGCUAUAUAGAAACGGGACAGUCUUCGGAGUCCCAGAGCGCGUUUAUGGACAACAAAGGGGCUUUCAACCGUGAUGAGGAGGAUUUCUCCGAGCUCGAACCCGACGAACAGCUUGUAUGUUCGGUGACCGAGAUCACGGAGCAUCUGGGCAAGAACAUCACGGUGGUGCUGGAGUCCGCGCUGUCCGAGAUACGCAAACUGGUCAGCGUCCGUAUCCGCGUCCUGAAGAUGGAGCUCCGCGAAAAAAGCGACGAGAUCGAGCUGCUCAAGGCCAAACUGGAGUCAACGGAGAAAGACGGAGGAAGAGUUCCCAACUCCAGCAUUCUGGAGUUCAGGAAAUCAGACCACCAACAGGGCCAGAAACACGGCACCGACACGAAGAAAGCCAAACUCGGGACUCCCGUGGUGAAGAAGGAGAACAUUAACGCUAUCUGCGACUAUCUUAUGAAGGACAAGAACCAGCGCGGUGGUGCUGAAGUGGAGAGCGACCAGAGCGAUCAGGCCUUUGGAUCAGAGCGGGACAUUCGGACCAAACCGCAACCGCACACGCAUCUGAGCCUGUGGACGGACAGCGCUCCCGGAGACACGGACACAGACACGGACAUCUUCAACAUGCUGCCGUCCGCCAGUAAACGCAUGUAUGACUAUGAGUGGAUGGCUGGAGUGGAGCUCAACUCCGAUUUUAAAGGUGAUACAGAAACAAAGUGUGAGAAUGUACUCGGUGUAGAUGAUGAGGAUGAAAAUGAUGACUCUGAAGGAGGAAGAGGAAGUUUAAGAUCAGUGUCUGACCCAAACGCUGCCCAUUUUCCUCUGGAAUCUCAGGACUCCCCAUUGGAUGACAGGAGCAGCCCAGCGGAGGACAGUGUGGACAGAAUGGAGCCAGGUCAGCAGUUCUCAGCUCACACAUUCAUUUGCCCCUUCUGUGGAACUCUCUGCCCUGACUCUUCAUUCCUGGAGGAACAUGUAAAGCUCAUGCACCAUGACGAGAGUACCCUGGCUCUGCAGUCCCCUGUGGGUGCUUCCUCCUCUCACGCGGAGGGUGAAUUGGGUGAAGUGGGGCGAGUUCUGGUAGGCCCAGAAGGACCUGCCGUGAGGGGGGCACGGGAGAAGAAAGUGGAGGGUGGCUAUGAGUGUGGUGACUGCGGCCGUCAUUUCAACUAUUUGGGCAACCUACGGCAGCACCAGCGCAUCCACACCGGUGAGAAGCCCUUCGUCUGCCCAGAAUGUGGGGAGCGUUUCCGGCACGCUGCACGUCUCAAGAGCCACCGGCUCAGCCACAGUGGAGCCCAGAGCCCCUUCCCCUGCCCGCAGUGCGGUAAAGGCUUCCCGGUGUUGUCCGGACUAAAACGGCACCAGCGUGUACAUACGGGAGAGAGCCCAUAUGCUUGUCCCCAGUGUGGUCGCAGAUUUAAAGAGCUUGGUAAUUUAUAUACACACAUGCGUAUUCACAGCGGCGCCACACCCUACUCUUGCUACCAGUGUGGGCGGAGCUUCAGGCAUCUAGGCACAUACAAGAGUCAUCGCUGUAUGCCUACUGCCCAGUUACCCAGUGGGCAUAGUCCAGCAUGGGCACAGGAGGACAAAGUGCAGACUGGGUAAUAGCAAAUGGAUAAUGUGUCAGAUUUCUUCAUAAAAGGGACAAGUUUCAACUCGCUAAGAGACAUGCUGAACUGAAAAGAGGUGUGAGUGGUUUCAUAAGUGGCCGAAUGGACAGACUCAGACAAGAGAAAGAAAGUAUGAACGGUUUCAAAAUGGUCACCUACCUGACUGUGGUGCAUAUAUAACAUUUUGUGUUGUCAUGACAGUAAAAAAAAAAACAAUUAACAAUUUGUUAAAUAUUGAAGCUGUAUGAAUUACCACGUCUUUCUCGUUCAUGCUACUUGUCAAAUGUUCCUUUUUGAAACAUUUUGCAAUAAUAUUUAAACUUCAAAGGCAUUUAGAUGUCCAUACACAGUAUUUUAAGAUUCCACUAAAUAAAAAUCAUUCAAUCAUAUUGUGGAUCUUUUUUACAUUUGGAUUUUUGUAAAGGAGUCGUUCAGAACUUCUGACAGAGUUCGGAACGACAUUGCAUGUAUCCACAAGGUAGUUUAACAGAGCAAAAUACAUCUUACAAAAAUUUGGAAUUUGGAAGUUGAUAUAAUGAUAAUUAUAGCCUGUCAAUUAGAAUCACUUCCACCCCUUGCGAAAAGUACUAUGGUACAGCAGUGGUACCAAAUGGUAAUACCAUGGUAUCUUUAUAUAUAUACCAUGGUACUGAAUAAUUACCAUAUGCAUAAACAGUGCUAUUUACAUGGUAGGAUGUACAUGGUGUACAUGGUGCUUUAAGGAAUACCAUGGUACAAGGUCAAUAAACUUCGUAAUCAACCUUUUUCCUGAGUGCAGAAGUGUUCCACAAUUCAUAAAAGAAGCCUGUUUUUAUUUUCUGGACUCCACUGUUUUAAUUUGCAUUGGCAUAUGUUUUUAGCCCGAUGUGAUGUUUAGGAUAUUACAGUUUUUUUUAAAUGUUGAUACUUAACAGUCACGAUGACUCUCUUUUGACAGUGCCGUACCCAUCAAAGUUGUGGGUUAAAGAUCGAGAAGAUGACCUUAAGAGAUGGCCUGUAGUUAGUGUAUAGUUCACCCAAAAAUUCAGUCCAGUGGUUUAAUACAUGUCUUCUACAGUGAUCUAAUCAGGUUUGAGUGAGAACAGCCCAAAAUGUAACUCCUUUUUCAAUGUACACCUUGCCAUUGCAGUCUCUAGGCACAAUCAUGAUUUCACGCUCGAUUACACUUCCUCGUGCUUGACACAUGAGCAGAGAUCUAGAUGGUGCUAGGAAGUGUAAUCAAGAUUGAAAUCAAGAUUAUGCCAAGGAGACCGCUUAUGUCAAGAUUUAUAGUAAAAAAAAGGAGUUCUAUUUUAGUCUGUUCUCACCCAAAAAUUAUUGGGUCGCUUCAGAAGACAUAGACUAAACCACUGGUGUCUUAUGGACAUAUAUACUUUUAUGCUGCCUUUAUGUGCUUUUUGGAGCUUUAAAAUAUUGGUCUCAUUAACUUGCUUUGUAUGGACCUAUAGAGCUGAAAUAUUCUGAAGUGUUCUGCUGAAGAAAAAAGUCAUACAUAUCUGAGAUGGCAUGAGGGUGAGUAAAUGAGAGAAUUUUCAUUUUUGGGUUAACUAUUCCUUUAAAAACUUUGAGUGAUUGUUCUCCAUCUGGAUUACUUGUUUUGGUAGUUUUUACAUUGCUACUUCUGGACGAAUCCCUGUGGAAAUAGACUAUAAGCUAAAACAAGAAAUCCUAUUUUUAUCUGUAAGUUUGCCUCAGCAGAAACAUACUAAUUGGUGUGUUGGGGAUAGUCAGCAUUGUAUCAUACCUCAUGUUUGUUUUAUGCUUUGGAGCACAUUUAAAAAGGCUGCCAUCGUGUGGAUGAUUUUUGUUAUUGCAUCAAGGUCUUUGGACAUUAAUCCAUCUUCUAUAGCUACUUGUCCUAUGUAGGGUCGCAGGAAGUGUUGGAGCUUAUCCCUGCCAUCUUGGGCCAAAGGCAGGGAAACACCCUGGACAGGUGGCCAGUCCAUCACACUCUCACUCACACCUACGGGAAAUUUAGGGUCUCCAAUUAACGUAACCUGCAUGUCUUUUGGGGAAACUGGAGCACCCGGAGGAAACCCACGCGAACACGGGGAGAACAUGCAAACUCCACACAGAAAGGUUGAGUUGGGACUCGAACCCAGGAUGAAAAUCCAUCCAUCCAUCCAUCCAUCCAUCGAAAGCAAGGAUUAUGAAAUUGGAUUUUAAGAAUCAAAACCCUUUAGUUAAACCUUAUAGAGAACCAGCCUGU